CAUGCCUAGGCUCAGCUAAACCGCGUGGUUUGCGGGCCUCUGAGAUACACCGGAAGUGGGCGUGGUGGGGGCAGGAAGCCGGAAGUAGGUAGCAUUAGUGGCAUCGGGAGCAGCAGCAGGCUGGGGCGGGUGAGCCUCCUAGCCUGGAAAGGCCGGCCCGGAGAGAGGCCAUUGGACACCUGCAGGGGGAACCUGGAAGCUCCGGGACCUGCCGGGUAGGGGGGCAUGAACUUCGGUCCCCGCGGGGCACUACCUUCCUCAAGAGAGGUGAAUCAGGACCUGGCAUGCCCCAUGUGAGAGGCAGGCAGGCCCGAAGCCUAGGUGUGGAGUAGAAGAGGAGCACUACUUGCUCCAUUAGGUGAACCUAUUCUUGGGCUUACGCUUACGAUAACAGUAAAAAGUAGUUCCUGAGUUUAUAAGAACUGUACAACUUAAAUGGAGAGUGACGUUAUGGUUGAUUCAGAUGUUCAAGGAGUUCAAGUAAAGGAGAAUAUUAAAUUCACACCUUCGUUAUCUGAACAGCGCCAUAAGUUUGUUUUAGAUUUUGUACGGAAACACAAACCUCAAAAGGUUGCAGAUUUGGGAUGUGCCAACUGUAAGCUUUUAUGGAGGCUAAAAUAUCAUGAGUCCAUAGAGGUGCUUGCUGGACUGGAUAUUGAUGAGAACAUAUUAACACGGAACAUUUAUAGGUUACAUACAGGUGCUGGAGACUAUCUAGAUCCCAGGGAAAGACCUUUAACUAUUACCUUAUAUCAUGGCUCUGUGGUGGAAAAAGAUCCUUGCCUCCUUGGAUUUGACUUGAUAACAUGUAUAGAACUAAUAGAACAUCUAGAAGCCAAAGAGUUGGCCCAAUUCCCAGAAGCAAUAUUUGGAUUCUUGUCUCCAACCACAGUUAUUAUCAGCACACCGAAUUCUGAAUUUAAUCCCUUAUUUUCAGGAAAGACAGUAUUCCGACAUCCAGAUCACAAGUUUGAAUGGGACAGAACACAAUUUCAAAGUUGGGCUUUAGAUGCAGCAAGACAUUAUGGUUAUUCUGUGGAAUUUACUGGAUUAGGGGAACCACCACCUGGAGCUGAGGCUGUUGGAUUCUGUACUCAGAUAGGGGUCUUUGUCAAAAAUAUACCCAACACUGAUGAAUCUCUACACAGUGAAAAAACAACAGAAUGUACUCAUACAAAAGUUGGUACAGUGAUAUAUCCAAGCCUGAAGGAAGAGAAGUACCUUCGGAAGGCAGUGUCCAAUGAAGUUUUUUCUUACAUCUUAAAAAUGAAGAGAGAUCUACUAGAGAGUCUCAAGAUGAAGAAUGAUAGUGAUGGUUGUGAUGAGCCUGAAUAUGUCCAGCCUGAAUGUGAUGAGUUCAAAAAUGACCCUACUGAGGAGACCCCUAAGCCAUUCUGUAUUGAAAAUGUAUUUUAUGUACCUCUGGAAAGGCUUUUCUCUUUCCCCAAAAUAAAACACCUGUGUGGUGACCGUGAGACGUUAAAAAUGCUAAUUGCUGAUGAAGUAACACUAAGCAGUGAUGGUUCUUCUGUCAUGAUUAACAUUGUCGAUGAAGAGGACUGUGAUUUGAAUGACAAUGAUGGGGAUGACUAUGAUUUGGAUCACUAAAUGGGAAGGAGCAUAACGGUGGUGGCUUUAAUGGGGAAGACCCCAAAGAUCAUUACUGAGCCAUUGUUGUUGUUUUCACAAAUUUAGGGAAUUAAACUUUUUAAUGGGC